AUGCCAGGGCCAUGGGAUGGGGGACAAAAUGUAAGUAAAACCACAGUAUGGAAUCAUGGCGAGAUAUCUAACACUACAGGUGAUUCAAGAAGACCCGUAGACCCACCACCAGUCAUUUACUUUACUAUCCGGAACAGACAGGGAGAAGUGGUAACCGAUGAAAUCCCAUCCAAUUUUAUAAUCCAUACAUCUCUUUACGAAGUAUUACCAAGCGGUCCCAACGGCCAGCUUGAACGGUCACUGGAAUCCAAUAGAUUGACAGGAACCACAAUCGUAUCGUUAUCUCAUAUCCGUAAACCGGCGCCCGGCAGAUUUUAUUUUAUUCUUCAUGAUAUCUCUAUUCGACAGGAAGGUAGAUACUAUCUUGAAUUCAAUGUCUGGGAAGCCUCUCCUCAGAGUGGGUUUUUGACACAUAGAGGGCAGAUUCUCUCAGAUCUAAUAUCAGUUUUCUCGCCUAAAAUGUUUCCAGGACUUGAGACAUCGAGUGAUUUAAUAAAAGACAUAGCUAAUCAAGGGUGUAAGGUUCGUGUGCGAAAGGAAUCUACUAUGAAGAGAAGGCGAAGUCGAAGAGAUUUUAACAGGGUGUCUAAGAGCAUACCUAAAGGUAAUCUUUUAUAUCAUAUGAAAACCCCUAUAGAAUACCCAACAGGAGAAAACGUUCCGUCGGUUCAAACAGGGAUCCAUUAUAAUAGCGGCAGUGGUCAGUAUGGUUAUGGAUACCCCAACAGUUCAUACUAUUUGCCUCCUACGAAUGGACCACAUAUUGGAAGGCCGAGUUGGGCAGAAGGGAUGAAUUCUUCUGGCGACGUAUACGCAAACGGAUCGAUGAGAGCUGGGUUUGAAGGUCAUGGUCAUACACUGAGCAAUAGCAGCAGUAAUUUCCAGCCGGUACUAUCACCAACUUUACAACUAACAGGAUCUAAAUCAGACUCGCUAGCUAAUAAUAGUGAUCGUUCCAUGGUUAGAAUGACCAGCGGUAUGACGUCAAAUACAGCUGGUGGGUUGAGCUCAACGUUGUCUGCUAUCUCGGGCAACACAUCUACCUCCAGCCUGUCACUAGCAUCUUCUUCGCCUUCAGCAUCUUCGGCCAGCAGUUUAAACAAUACACUAGUACCUACAAGUUCGGGUACAAGCCUUAUCCCAACAUCAGUAUUUUCUGGUAGCACAAGAUAUGUCAUUCCGAGCCUUUCUCGCUCAUUAGAUACGUCAUCUACAGGGUCUUCAGUCAAAAGAGAAAGAGGGUCAUACGAACAAUCAUCGUCAGAACAUAACUAUAUUCCGGCAAAACUAAAUAAUGGACGACGAGAUCCUAAUUUACCGUUGUAUAAGAUCCAAAACCAUAACGAAACCCAAUCUCAAUAUUCCAGCUCGAAUCAACAUCCAUCUCAACAGAACCAGGCUCUUAAUAAUGGUCAAUAUGGUUACCAUCAAGCGUAUCAAUACCCACCACAACCCCCAACUCAACCAUCAGGGAUGAAUGGAGGAUCGCUACAAUCACAAGCGUUCCAACAAGACUAUAGUCAUUUCAAUCCCGAGUUUUCCUUCGAAUCAAUCCCCGCCGGCUCGAGCUCGGUAGGUAGCGGAUUCAAUUCUGCACAACAUGGACCACCACAGCCCAGCUACCCGGUAGGAUUCCUCGGUAGCACUCGAGAUGGCUCAGGAUACUGUAUUACAACCAACGGACCCACGGGUUUAUUUUAA